AUGGCAGAUUUAACUCACAAGAGAAAUUUAAGAAUUGGAUGGAAUUAUUUACGACAAAGGUGGGAAAGGCACGGAGCGACGCAAGUUGCCGUAAAAAUUUUGGACAACUCGAGAAACAUAACCGCGGAAUUCUUUAAAGAGAUGAUGCCAUCCCUUCGAACCCGCCCAGCUAUUCCAUCACACGUCAAAAACCAUUUAAAUAGAAUUUUAGGAAUCUCGAAAAAUCCAACAACUCAAAAAUAUGUCUAUAAUACUCUCAAGUAUUGGCAUAUGGAAUUUUCUCAGAAGAGACCCACGGAAUGUUAUUCUGAUUUCAAGGCCGCUGAUGACUGGAAAAAAAAGAAAUUAUUAAAUAAUCCAAACAUACCUUAUACGAACCACCAUCCAAAUGCCCAUUACACGAGUCGUCCCUUACAACUUCCGGAAGUUAUUAAUGAUUUUACAUCAAAUCAAAAUACUCAUCUCGAAAAUUUUGCACGUGGUGAGAAAAGUAUUUACCGUCAGUUAUUUUGUUUAAUGCCCAUUCAAUUAAUUAUUUACGAUAUCGAUAUUUAUUAG